UGCUGCUGCAACAUGGUUCGAGGAUGGACUGAGAGAGAGAGAGAGAGAGAGAGAGAGAGUUAUGCAACUAGUUAUGCAACUGUGACCUACUAACAUAUAUUUCCAGCACAGUGAGGGAGGGAGGACAUUGGAGCGCCUCAACAACACAACACGAGGAACCAAAAUACGACUCACACUGAACGCGUGCCCGCAUACGAGCAGAGUGCUGAACGAGAAUCGUGACACUUUGCAUGUCUUAUCAAUUUCUGCCUAUCUGAUACCGGCUACAGAGCGACCAGCGUCUGUGUUGUGGCGAUUAAUUUGGAUACGCAUGUAAAGCACCAACGCCUUCUAACACAUAGCCAUCUGGAGGCUCAGAUAGAGGUUGCACCCCUCCCCACUGUCUGACAAGCUGAGACAGACUGAGUGACCUACAUCCUGCAAUACGCCUCGAGCACUGGAGUCUGAUUCUUCCAGCUUAUUAACAUAGCCUUGUUGAAAAGUGGGGGGAAAAAAACCCUGAAAACAAGCAAAAAGAACAGGUCACAGUGGCCCUAAGCUAAUAGCUUCACAUUCUUAAGACUUCAAGAACUUUUCUCCUUUUUCUGCCCUGUUUAUCCCAUUGGCUGUUGGAGUGGCUGGUUUGGGAGUGCACUGGAUGAUUAACCCUAGUUAAAUGCAGGAAACUGUCACAGAGGCUCGCCUAUUUUUGAUCUUUUUAGCCAAUCUGGAAACUUAACAAAGAUUAUUACUUAUUUUUAUUUAGGAACUUCAAAUGCAAAAUCAAUGAGGUUGACCCUAACUGCAGCUAAAAUUCCUCAUAAGAUUUUUGCUGAUCCAGCUACUUAGUCCAACAUUCAACACUACUAAAAGGUGGAGACCUUACAGCCAUUUUGAUAACCACCUUUCCCCUCCACCCCAUCCCUUAUAUUCCCAUCAGUAACCAUUUCUGAUGGUAGCAAGGAGAUUCCAAACUGGAUUCUUCUAAAGAAUAAUGGAAAGCUUGAACUCACAAAGCCCAUUAAAUUCCAGUGUAGGCAAAACCAUAGAGAAUAGAGAAACUUUCUCAGGCUAUAACAACACUAUUCCUUCACCCAAGGGCAACCCUCGUUCUGUCCGACAUUUAAAAGCCAAGCCAAACAUGACCUGCCGGCGCAAGCGUGAGUUUAUCUCUGAUGAGAAGAAAGAUGCCUCCUACUGGGAGAAACGCCGCAAGAACAAUGAAGCAGCUAAACGCUCCCGGGAAAAACGGAGACUCAAUGACAUGGUUUUGGAGAAUAGGGUUAUUGCACUGAAUGAUGAGAAUGUACGUCUAAAAACAGAACUCCUGCAGCUGAAACUCAGAUUUGGCCUCAUCAGUGCAGCCUCCUACAUGGAGAAGAGCCAGCAAAUUGGAGGAACAAUGAAUGGAAGUUCUACUUGCUCUUCCUCUUCUUCCAGUCAUUUCUACCAAGGCUACUCUAGUGGCUCCCAAGUGAUGAACUCUGAUUCUUCAGAGACUGAGCUGUCUGUCCGGGGUGAGGGACUUGCCCAGUUAGUAAAGUACUCUCCUAGAGGUUCUCUCUCAGAUAUGUCUGAUGGUUCUUCCCGUGACAGUCCAGAGCCAAUGAACUAUGAUAUCAAGCAGGAAGGGCCAGGGAUAGACAUGGACAUUGCAAAUAGCACGACAACACCAAUUAUGUUCAACAUCUCUCGUGAUUUGUCCACACCACAUACCUUUCAAUCAGGAUAUCACAGCCACCAACAGCAGCCUCAGCACCAAGAGACUGCAGUCAGUGCUUCUGCGCCUCCAAUGCAAACUGCUCAAAGAAGUGUCAUCUUGUAUCGCCCUAGCAGUGUCUCAUAUCCUGUAGAGAGUUCAAGACCUCAGGAAAUCUCUCAACAGAGACUGUCACAGGUCCUACUCCAACCUACAGAGCGAGCUACCAAAAGCACUGAAAGCCUAUCAGAGGCAACCAGUCAGCAUGAAAGUAAAACUUUAGAUAAUCUGCCUUAUGAAUACUUAGAUGGAGAAGCAGCAAUGAAACCAGCAUACAGGGCCCAACAUCAGCAGCUUGUGGCUAGUUGUCAGAAGGCUGAGACUAUGGCACCAGACCUUUGCAGACAAGGGGGUGAAGAUCUGUACCACUGUGACAGCGCACAGGAUGAGGAGCCUCCAGUACUGAGUUACGAAGGAUGUCCCAGGAAAGAAGGGUACUAUCAUGGUCACUCAGGAAAUGACACCUCCUUAAGUGAUGGUGAUCCCCGCAAUUCUGACAAAGAUGCAUCCACUGAUGAUGAGUGCCCAUCUUCAUUUUGUUCUGAAACUGGCAGUUAUCACCAGCAAUCCCCUUUGGCUGGAGGGCCAAAUUCCACCCCACAAAGCCAAAGCAGAGACAGUCAAGCAGAGGUCAAAGGUACAGCACUACCGCACAAACUACGCCUUAAGCACAGAUCUCUGAGUAAUGCUGGAUCAGCAACUCAAGAAUCACCAACUACACCACCAGCACAUGUGCAUCUAUUACCUCAGCACCCUUACCUGGCGUUGCUUCAGUCCAACCAGCAACUACAGGUUGGUUGAGAAAGGGAGAGCCAGGGGUUUAGGGCCAGCCAACACCAGAGUUCUGCAAGCAGGCCACUUCAAUAGAGCAAAGAAGGAUGGAUUCUGGAAAGAAAAUCCUGGUGUAUGCAACAGUAUGAAUAAGAGGCCUGACCAAGGGUGAGGGACACUAUGGGACCCACUGUGGUAGAAUGCUAACAGACAUAUCCUUUAGCCUUUUCCCGCCUGGUACUGGUGUGCAUUGGGAGAAGAGACAUAGAUAUAGAAAUGUCAGUCCCAAUAGCAGACAUUAACAUCUGGGUAAACUGUAUUAUACUGUAAAGACUGCUUUGUUUCUGUAUCUCAUUCUAUAAUUACAAAAGCACUUGUGCAGCAAACGAGAGGAGUGAACGAACUGUUCACAUUUUUCCCAAUCAUAAUUUGUUAUAAGAUGAUGUCAAGGUAACAGCAAACAUGGCAAUAGAAACCAUUUGUGAGGCAUUCUAACCUACUCACUAACUGUAAAUGCCUACUGGUUUGUGUCCAUUUUUAUACCAAAUCAGAGGCUAGCUGUUCACCAGAAAACAUAUCAAAACAUCUGAGCAUUCUGGGAAUAUUCCCUUGACCAAAGAAAGACAAUAGCUUUACAUUUCAUACCUCUGCCAUACAUAUUUUUCAUUUUCCCUAUUCCUGAAAACAUAUUCACAAUCACAGACAUCACUUUCUCUUGUCGAGACACUUGGUUUGUAUAUUACUGUGAUAUAAUUAUUAUAUAUAAAUAUAUAUUUUAAGAAUAAAAUCAAGGUUUUUUUUGUUGUUUUUUUUGGAAAAAAAAAAAAAAACUACAAGGGCAAAAAGGAUUUAGACGACUCACUAAUUUGUCAAAAAUACAGUAUAGUAUCAUUGUGUUUACUGUUCAGGUGUCAUUUAAGUACCUUUUUUAUUGUUUAAUUGUUAUUUUAAAAGUUCUCAUUGUUUUCAGUAACUUACCUUUUUAAUGAAAAUCAAAAUGCUUAAAAAAGCAGAGGUAUGUGGGAUGUCAUAGAUUAAACAGUGCAAUUUUAAUGCAUUUACAGCAAUUACAUAAGACUGGAAAUAAAUAAAAUGUAACCAACAAAAAUGCUUUAACAGGUCCAAGCUUUUACAAAUAGGUAACUGAGUUACAUCAGUAUUAAGAAGCUGCUGUUUGCAGCCAUGAUUUUGAUGUCCUGCCCUUGAACUCUUACUUAAGCCAUUCUGAUGUUCACAGAAUCUGUAUGUCAGUUGUAGGCACAACCCUACAUAUUUCCCUUUACUUUUCAGAGUGAAUACUCUUACUGAGGACAGGAACAAUCUAACUUAUCUUACUGAAAAAAAUGAUUUUUUUUUUUUAUGUGCCUCAUUUAGACUCACUGUCUUUUUAAUUUUUAAGUCAAGUCUACAUGUCAUGUCAGUCUUGCAUAAAGCACUUAUUAAUGUAUAAAUGUAAAGUUUCUUCUACCCUGGAUGACACUGUAUUCUGUGCUUUUUAUUUUUUAAUUAUGUGUGAUUUUUGAGAAAAGUGUUGUACUGUUUUCAUGUAUUUAAACUCCCCUCUGUCAUUUUCACCCCUUUCCCUUUUCAAAGCCUUUCCCCUCAUUCUAUCAAUGUGUAUUAAAUUCAGUGAUCUUUGUGUUUUCUGUUCAUAUGUUCAUGAAAAAGAAACAAAGAUUCAAUAAGACUUGUGUUAUGGAGUGACACUGUUGUCACACUCUCUGUUCUGAAAUGGAUUCAUGAUGUUACAACACUAAUAUACAUCAAAGACAUUGGGUGCAUUUGAAAAAAUAAAAUUAAAUUAAAAAAAACAAUAAAAAGGAUAUUGCU